GCGGCGCUGUUUUCACAGUUGGUGAACUACCUCUAUUUGGUGAAGGACUAUGUUGUAAAAUCUUUCAAACUGUUAAAUUUCAGUAUUUCUCGGGGCAGUGCGGGGCUUUGCUCAGUGUUAGUGGGAGCAGUAGAACCGGUUCUUCAUGCGGACUGAGGACGGCCCGAGUGAGACUGUUUUCGGACAGCUGCUUAGCGGUUUUCCGUGACUGGAGGUUUUACUGCAAACCAAGUUAGCUCAACAGCUAAUCCCAAAAGUCACGUCACCUGUGCGGACUGUUGGUGAAAGUGGGGUGGAAGAGCCGGGAGCCCCGGGUGAGUCUGACCUGUGUGAGGACUAGUUAUUGUCUGUGGAGGAUUUUCCCGUGUUUUAUCUCGCUUUCGAACAGCGAUAAAAUUUGCGUUUCAAACAGCAGCAAGUGAAGCGUAUCUACGGGUUAUUCAUGUCCGUCUGAGUCGCAGUCACCCACGGAUACGGUGUUUUUCUGAGGAAAUGCGGUAAAAAAAACAAACUGCUUCGUUGUUCAGACCGCUGACUUGGCGGCUCGGGGUUUGCUGCAGGUGAGGCCUGCGGGUCGGGCUUCCACCGGGCUUGAGUAGAACCCGACGCCGCCAUCGACAGGUCCUAAGCCCGGCAUUAGGCGCUGCCUCCGUCGGGCCUGCGGACCGCGGUAUGGAACGGAUGGAAGUGGACCAAUGCGCAGGCGCAGCAGGAGGAACAGGAGGCGGGGCACUCCGCAGGUCGAACAGCGCCCCCAUGAUUACCAGCGUCAGUGAUGGCAUGACUGUCUUCAGUCCGGUGUCUUCAGCUCGAUACCGGCGCAGCAGUGUGUCCAUCAAUCCCAGCUGUCCGUCACAGCUUGUCCCUCUCUCUCCCUUCUCUCUGACCGGAGACAGACUGGACCAGAAGAGACAGGAGGAGAAUAUGGAGAUGACACUCAGAGGGAGUCUGCAGAGACUAAGUGCUUCCAGUCUGAUCCCAGCUCCUCCAGUCAGUCAAUGGCAUGAACACACACCAGCGUGGAUCCAGUCCCAGGACAGCGGCAUCACACCAAACUCCUCCCCCAGCCCCACCAGGAGGUUCAGACCAGCAGUCAGCGCCGUGAGGUGGCCUCCACUAACGCCGCUCAAACGGAAAGGAGGAGUGGAGUCUGACGGACCCCCUAAGAAGCUUUUUGUUGCUGGGGUAACUGACCCCGCCCACCGCAGCAGCUACAUGGUCAGUGUGUCUCAGUCGGCUGCAGACUCUCCUCCACCUGUAGGGGGCGUCAGUCCUCAGUCUCCUCCCCCGUCGUUCACCUCCUUCACCCCCCACCAGCACCCCGGACACUAAACCCCUCAGCCUGACCCCUGACCCUUUCACUGUGGGGUGAGACAGACACACCACCAUCACCCGCAGACCAGCUUCACUGUAAGUCCCGCCUCCUCUGCAGCCUCAUUGGACGGUGAGGAUCAUAUCAGCUCAGAUUCAGAAACUGAUGAACCAACGGCGGUUUUGUUUUGGAUUCCAUGCGGUCCGGUCGGAUUUCAAUUCAUUGGAAAACCUCAAAAGUGGGACGGUGAAGAUGAAUCAGGGCUGGGCGAUGAGUCGAAUUCAUGCGACUAUUUCCAACUUUUAUGCAAUGCGUCAAAUGUUACGACACGCAACAACAUAUCUGGCCCCUCUAAACACCUUUCAUAUCAGAUUCUGACAUCAGAUGUUGUCAUCAGAUGUUAAAUCCACUCUGUAAUAAAGCAACAGCUCAUACACUUAAGAUAAACUUGUCUGAGUCAAUGAGUACAGAUACAUUCACGCUAAUAUUUCAGUAUUCUAAACAUUUAACAUUAUAUUCUGAAUCUGAAUUUUUUCCCUAAUGGAGAUUUUUCUGAUGAAGACAUGUUGGCUAGAACCACAAGAGAUGAUAUUCCAGUGUUUUGAGAAAGCAGUGGACAUACACACAGCAUAUUCUAAAUAUACAUCUACACAUGUCCACAAAUCAGGAAUAUACUGUAAAGAUUUUAUAUUCCACUUUUAGAGAAGUGUCGGAUCAUUUCUGUAAUUUGUAAAAGAAAAAAAAAAAAUCACAAGCACUUCAGCCACAAAACUUAAAGCAAUUUAUUUAUUGGAGAUGAACAAAAUCACAAAUAAAUGAAUAUUUUUCGAAUUAGGAAAAAAGGUUGGAUCACCUCAGGGACAUAGUUAUGUGAAAUAAAAUAAUUUAAAAAUCAGAAAAGUUGUAAUUGUUUGGAUUUAAGAAAUUUUAAUUUUAGUACAAUUGAUCCUUUCCCUUUUAAAAAGAAUCCACAUCUUUGUUGUGACAUCAAGUAAUGUGUCACUGUUUAACAAACAAGAAGCGUUAAUAGUAAAAUGAAAAUAUCUGCCGCCUCGCCUCCCCCAGCCCAGAGGAUUCACCACCGUCUCCAUCUUGAAUUCAUCACAAAAGUUUGAUGUUGCAGAGGAUUUUGGGAAACUGAGUACGGUCUUGGCAUCAUUUCUGAGCUGCACCUCUGAAGUGUCCAUCAGGUCAGUGGACUGGUUCUGUGCUCUGACCAAUCAGAGGACGCCGUUUGUGAAUGUCCAGAACCCUUCUGAGUGAAUAUUUGUCGGUUCUGAAGAUGAGUCAUUACCAGGAGAGGUUCAAGAAGUCGUAUCAAACAGAACCUCAAGUGAAGACAUCUGAACUCAGAAGCACUUAAACCAGUUCAGUUUAGCAUCAGUCACAUUUCUGCUGAACUGAAUCCAAUUCACUCAGAAGCAAAAACACACCAAACUGAAAACAUGAAGGUUUGUUGUUUUUUUUUAAUCCGAGUCUCAACCAGUGAAACCGACAUGGGUUUUACAUGUCGGUAAAUGCAGCCUUGAAGAUUUUUGUGUUUUAACGAAAGGUUUCUCCUGCCUGAAGCCUUCUGGUUUCUUUUUGUGGCAGACUUCCGGCAUCUUCAUCUGCAUGUGUUGCACUUCAGCCGACGGGAUGCCGCGUUUCAUGGUGGCAGACGGUUUAAUAAACCGCCUGCUUGUUAAUAGUGUAUGAAUAUGUGAAUAUCUUUGUAAAUACUGACUCUGCACUCUUCAUCUGCCACAUCAUGUUCUCUGUCCGACUUCAGUCCAUCAUUUGGCCAUUUUUCAAGGUAAAACCAAAUCUCAAAAGACAAAGAAAACAGCUUGUUCAAUAUUAAUUUCUAAACCAAAACGUUAUGGUGGAUAAAGACUUGUUUUCCUGUUUAAGGUGAUAUUGAAUGUUGUUUAAAUCCAUCUUGGGGGUUAUAGUCUUACAGUCGUUCACUGGUUUACAAGUCAUUAUAGCUUUUUUUUUUUUUUGUCUGUUUUUCAAGAUUUGGUUUUGAUUUGAAAAAUGGACAAACAAUCGAUCCAUGGAUUUCAGUCAGCCCUCAGUAGCUUUUUGUUUCUUUCUCUUUAGAAAGGUCAACAGGGGUCAGAGGCAGUUAGCUUUUUGCACUUGCACAGUUUUGUACAGUUUUGUAUCCUCACUCAUCGUUCGUGCCUAAAUCAGGUGGUUUCAGCAUCGUGUCACCUGUCCGUACAUCGUACGUCUCUAUAAGCUGUUUUUAUUCCAAAAAAAAGUCUGAACACGUCUCCAUCCGAGUCGUGAACAAAGUUUCCAAAUCUCUUUAAGUGACAGAUUUGAUUUUCAUUUUCUGUCGUCGCGACUUUGCACAGUUACAGUUACACCAUUUUCAUUGUGUUCUGUCGCCAUGGUAACAGAUCUGCAUGCUGUAAAAUUUUGCUGCUUUAUGUGUUUUUUUCUUGUUUUAUUUCCAGACUUGUUGUGUCUGAGGGUCUUUCCUGUUUCACUUAAUCAUCAAAAUUUGGCUUUAAAUCCUAAUAAAGACACGUGAAGUCUUCUAAAGACAAUUGUCUUCAGUAGAGUGAUAUUACAAUAUGAAUUUUAGCAGCAUUACACUGAGAGAAUCAUUAUUUGACAAUUUAAAACCUCUACAAAGAUUUUAGAAUGAAAGACAACAAUGACAAUUUUUCAUGACCAAAAAAUGUAAUAAAAACUAAUACAAUAAUUAAAACUGAAGAAUUUUUAACUAAAACAUGGAGAAAUUAUAUAAAUGAAAAACUGACCGAAGAAAAUUAAGAUAUAAUAGAUCACAUCAAAAAUCAGUGUAAUUUAACAUUGUCUAUUGUUUCCCUUUAAUUUACAAACAAAAAUUAUACAAGAAAAUUUCAUACAUUUCAUUUAAUGUGACCAACUUGUCACAAUAAUUAUACUUUAUUAUAUAAAGUGUAAUAUUGUCGUAACAUGAUAUUAAUAUGCUUUCAUUUUAGGAUUUUGUCAAGUAAACGGUACAGAGUCGGGUGGUUUUUGACUGAAUCUUAUUCUUAAGUAAAUAUAAAAUAUACAUAAUGUUUUUGUUCUAUUUAAGCAGCUGAAGCAUUGCAUCUUUUAACAUUUUUUAUUUCAGUUUGUGUUUUCCCAGCACGAAAACAGAUUACACAUUACUAUUUUAUCCUUGACUAAAAAAAUGUUUGGUUUUAAAUAAAAUACUUCGUCUUCGAAUGUAAAAAUUUUAAUCAAUAGAAGUAAGAAUUUAUGGAAAAGCGUUGCAAACUGUUGACUUUAUUGAAAUUUGGCUCGUUUAAAUUAUGUGAGAAUCAGGAAAAAGUUAAACUAAAUAACCAUACACAUUCUGGUGUCCAAAUCUGUCAUUUUUGGACAAAUAAAAAAUAAAAUCAACUCUUACAACUUGUUUUUUCACUCAUACUUUUGAGUUUUCAUACUCGUUUCAUAAUGUGGACAUUUUUAACAUUGAUCUGUGAGAAGCAGGAGGGAUUUUCUCUGAUGUAACAAGUCGCUGCCAAAUUAAACUGUCGUGACGCUUUAAUGUUUAAUGUAUUUGAACUUUGCACAGAAAUCUUUCCGUUCUGUUGGCGAGAAUGAAGACUAACCGUUUGUUUGUAGCUGGAUCCAAAUGUGACGUGGACUCCGCACAAAUAACAGCUUCAGAAAAUUAUUACAAUUUUUUUUUUUUUUAAGCCAAAAAGCUUCAAUACACAGAGAGGUCGGAAAGUGUGAUAAUCUUUUUGUUUUAUGUAAAAUUUAUAUCCAGUAUUGACCAGAUUCUGCCCUCACGGUUUUACAAACUGUUAUCUGUGAGUUUUUAAUUUAUUAUUUUCAUUUACUAUCAGUUCAAUCCAAACUCUGUUCUUCUGUUGAAUGUUUUAGUUGUGAUGGACAUUUUAUUUGCUAGUUUUGUGGACGAAAUGCAUCAUUAAAUAGGAAACUAUUGACAUUCUUGUUUUGAUUUUUUUUUUUCUAUAGCCUAACUAAAAAAAGCUUCAUCUCUUCAGUUUUUAUGUCCAAAGGCUCCAUGUUUUUAUCAGUCAGAAACUUUAUCACACAGCUGUUUAUCUUUUUUUUUUUCCUGAUGAUUCAGCCAAACAGCUCCUCCCACUUCAAGGCUCAUGAAAAUUACGACAAAUCUUCGGUCAUGUCGGAGCUGUCGGGUUUUAUUGUCUGUUCUGUUUGGUGACACAUUAUGUGAAAAAGAUCAUUUUGGUUUUAACGCUGUACAAAUCAAAGCUUUGUGUCUGUUUCACAUCCCAUAACAUUUUUGUCACAUGAUGCCAGUGAAACAAGUAUAAAAUGUUUUGGGGGCGUUGAGUCAAGUGAGCAGUUUUCAGUAUUAAAGUGAUGUUUCAACCUGGGACGUCGCUGAUUUUUCAGCACAAAAAACAGCAGCGAACUUCUGAAUCAGAAGCUUCAUGUUCAAUCUAACCUCGGCACUUUAGUUCUCAAACCCAUCAAUCCAAAACACAGCCCUCUAGAUACUACACUACCCAUGAGCCUUGGAAAAAAAAGGGCAAAACAAUCAUUAUACUCAGAAGUUUUACAUGUAAACAUUGGCUGUAGCCUCUACAUUUUGGUUCUUUGACUGACUGUAGAAUCUAUAAUACCCAUGAACCUCUGCUGUGGUUGCACACCGUUGCUGCAAUGCAUCUUGGGGGCUGUAGUUUAACAGUUUGACAUUGAAGUGCUGAAAAAACCCACUAAUUGACCAGAUUGAAGGACGGCUUUAUAAAGGGCUGCUAGAGAUUUCCUAGAGAUGAUAAAGGGAAUUUAAAAAAGAAAAAAAAAAGCACAUUAUGAAAGAAUUCACAAAAGUAUUUUCUCAGUGUAAAUAGUUGUUUUCCUCUUCUUUUUGUUCUGACAAAUUCUCUAAAGAAGACAAAUGAGAUGUAUUUUUAUGCAACUGAAAAUUCAGAAACUAUAUUCAUGUCUUCAUUCCCUCCUGACGGCUAUAAAAACAACUUUAGUUUUUAGUGACAGCUCUUCAUGUACACUCUAUAAAUAUAUUAUAUUGUAUAUGAAAACUAUCAAUAAAUGAAUCUGUAUCAUA